AUGAGUUACUCAAACAUUGGAUCGGAUGAUACACGAAGAAGUUGGUCUGAGCCCCCACAUAUAGGCAGUAAAUAUAUCUCCGACAAGUCAAAAACACAUCCAGCAUCUUCAUGGAGAGAUAUGGGAGUGCGUAGAACAUUUCCUGUAGCAUUACAUCAAGCAAAACUUGAGCCAUGGCACUCGGCAAAAGUCAUUAAUUAUUCACAUCGGACAGCAUCACUAAGGUUGUCAAAGCUGAGUAUAUCAAAUAAAAGAAAGGGAGUACGGAUAAAAGCUAAGAAGACGAUUCUGUCAUUGAGAGGUACAGAAUUGCAAAAUCCACCUAAAGAUCCCUUCGAAAUGACAGAUUUGGAAUCUCUAUCUAUGAGUCCAGAGAGAGAGUCGUGCUUGGAGUUCAAGCUGACCGAAGUUCCGAAAGAGAUCAAAAACUUAAACAACCUUCGUCAAUUAGUGCUUGACACAAAUGAAUUGAGAGAAAUUCCAAACGAAAUAUCAGAUUUAAAUCAACUUGAAACACUCACAUUAAGCAACAAUCGACUUGCUGAGUUGCCAGGAGGAUUUGCGAAAUUGUCAAGUUUACGAAGCUUACAUCUUGCUAAUAACAGAUUCGCUGAGUUUCCCAAUGAAAUUUGCGGGCUGGUCAGUCUCUCGUUUUUGGAUCUCAGUGACAACUCAAUACGAGAGAUUCCUGACGAAUUUGAUUGGUUAUCUUCAACACUACAAACUCUCCUAUUAUACAUCAACGAUUUACAAAGACUGCCGGAAAGUUUUGGCAAUUUAACAGAGCUAACGACACUCUGGCUUGGUAAGAAUCGGCUCGAAAGUUUACCAAAAAGUUUUGGCAAGCUAGUCAAUCUAGAUUGGAGCGAUUUCCCCUCUUCUUCCAAUAUUGACGAAAACCCCCUUAAAUCACCACCAUUGUGGGUUUGUCAACGAGGAGUAAGUGCAAUUCGUGAAUAUUUUUCCGGAAACAAACCAGAAAAAAUUACGGAAGAACGAAGAGAAGAAAUAGAAUUGAGUUUAGAAGACUAAGAUACUUAGUUUUAACAUGAAAUGCAAAGCGCAAUUUACUCUGAAAAGGAACCUCGUACAAGAAUUCACUGGUAUGUGAGAAACUACUAUUUCUGGGAGGACGAAACUUUAAUGAUUUGCCACCUUAAAAACUUGUCGGAAAGUUUUGUCCUAAACGCAGAGUGGCAAACGUGGUAUUAGGUUUCGUAAUCAGGAGCCACUUGACAAGAACUACCGUACGUUACUUUGCGUAUGUAUCUGAUCGACUGGGAUAUUAUUAUAAUUUGUGGAAUUAUUUUUUCUUUUGCUUUCAUUCAACCAAUAAGCCACCAAGUUUGAGACAGUCAAACUUUAUGAACUUAUUUAUGACUGAAUUUUUAGUCAGUUACAGCUUUUAUUGGAUUUACAGUGCUAAUUGCUACAGUGCUAACUAGCUCAUCGUCAUCAAUUUUA